UUUUGCAAGUAGCCAAACCGAUCCCUGUAUAUUUUCGACACGAAGAAUACCUCCCACACUGUGCCAUCCUGUCCCCGCCAGCAUAGCGAGACGACUCGCGCUGCCGCCAACAAAUGUCCCAUCCGUCACCCCCCGACUGCGCGAAGCAAGCCGGAUGCAUCUGUGGUUGCUUCUCGGGAUGUGCCGCCGGGGGGCGCGGGGCUUGGAAAAGAGGCCAAGGCAUCGUGUGCGGGACUAUCAACCGCAAAACUGGCAGCCAGGAGAGGGAGGCAGGAAGAGAUAGAGAGAUACAGAGAGAGAGAGAGAGAGACACACACACAGAGAAGAGAAAGAGAAAGAGAGAGAGAGAGAUAGAGAGAAACAAAAAAAGAGAGCGACGCGGUGCAAUUGAGUAAGUGCGAACCCAACCACAAUAAAUCAUAACAUAAUUGAAACUGGACAGCCUGGCGCAGAAAAACAAAACGAACAGCUCGCCAUUAUCAGGGAGCAGCUCUUGAAACAGCAAGCCGGUGCAGUGCCGUCUGUAAGUGGCAUGCACUUGAACUCGUCCCUUGUUGAAGCGCGAAACGAGUUGUCCACCCCAGGCUGGCGCGGGGCGCCGCUUGGGCUGCAGACGGCUUGAGUGCACAGGGGAGGUAAUCAAUAGCGGGCCCUGGAUGCGCCUGGGCGCUAGCAGGACAGCAAACCCCCACAUGUGGGGGGGGUCACUCAGAGUUAACAAAAAAGAGUCAGCAGAUCUUGAAACAGCAGGCGGCUUCACGACGCCAACGAGGACGACGACGACGAACACGAGGAAAGACAGAGGACGACGUAGGCGACGACGACGACGACGCGGGAGGAGGGAGGACGGCGACGACGACGACGGCGACGACGCAAGAGCGCGCGCGCACGCAUUUGUUGAAAAUCCGUGUUGCGAAACCUUGGGUUUUUGUAGAAUUGAAACUGGACAGCCUGGCGCAGAAAAACAAAACGGACAGCUCGCCAUUAAAAGGGAGCAGCUCUUGAAACAGCAAGCCGGUGCAGUGCCGUCUGUAAGUGGCAUGCACUUGAACUCGUCGCUUGUUGAAGCGCGAAACGAGUUGUCCACCCCAGGCUGGCGCGGGGCGCCGCUUGGGCUGCAGACGGCUUGAGUGCACAGGGGAGGUAAUCAAUAGCGGGCCCUGGAUGCGCCUGGGCGCUAGCAAACCAGCAAACCCCCACAAUAUCGCACGGCCACGUGUGGGGGGGGUCACUCAGAGUUAAAAAAAAGAGUCAGCAGAUCUUGAAACAGCAGGCGGCUUCAUGGCCCCCUGUAAGUGGCAGGCGGUUGGACUUGCUCCUGGAGGAAGCGCCAUCCAAUCUGUCUGCCGCAGGCAAUUCUGAGGCACCGCUUGGGCAAGUGCACAACAGACACAAGUGCAUUGCUCGCUAUGGAUGCGCAU